AUGAUUAAUUCUACUAUUCAUAAUCAAACAAUAUCAUCAACUGAUUCAGUUGUACAUCGACCAACAAGACAAGUAACAUAUAUUGGUGCAAUACUUGCAUUUGUCUUUAUUUUUUUUGGUCUUAUUGGUAAUGUCAUUCUAAUAACAACAAUAUUAUCUGUUAAAAAACUUCGAACAAAUACUAUUAAUAUAUUCAUUGUUUCGUUACAAUUCAAUGAUUUAUUAAAUAUUGGUUUUAAUCAACUUUUUGUUGGUCUUUCCUAUGCUAAUGAUCAUUGGGUGGGAGGUCGUUUAAUAUGUAAAUUAGUUGUGUACUUUUCAACAGUUUGUAUGGGCUGUCUUCUUUGGCACCAUUGUCUAAUUGCUAUACAUCGGCUUAUUGUUGUUGUUUAUCCAAACUUAUUACGCCGUAUGUCAAUCAAAACUUAUAUCAUUGUUUCACUUGUCAUAACACGAAUAUUACCUAUACUUUGUUGUAUACCAUCAUUUCUAACUGAUUCAAUAUCGUAUUCACAUCAAGCAUUACGUUGUUCAAUACGUAAUAAAUUACAAAUAUUUAUUAAUUUAACUGUAUUAAUUUUAUUACCAAAUGUUAUAAUCAUAUUUUGUUUUCUUGGAAUAUUCUUUCAUGUUUAUCAUGCAUCAUAUACAAGUGGAAGAACAAAUACACCAUCAGUAUCAACAUCACAUUCAUUAAGACGUGAAAUACGUAUAACAAAAAUGUUUGCAGUUUUAUUUACAUUAUUUUUUCUUGGUUAUCAUCCGUAUGGUUUUGUACGUGCAUAUGAUAAACGUCGACAAUUACAUCCUGAUAUAUUCGUUUUAUUAACAUUACUUUAUUGUAUAUCAAUAUGUGCAUCACCAUUUGUCUAUGGAAUAAUGAAUAAUCAAUUACGUCAUGAAUGUAUGAGAGUUAUAUUUAAUUGUUGGCAUUGUCAAAAAAUUGAUGAUUAUAGAAAAUAUUCUCAUAGUCGUUUAAAUUCAACAGUACCAACAGCAUUAACAGUAAUUCAUGAUAAUGGAGAUGAUGGUCGAACUAGUCCAUCAAUACGUCAUUUAUCAUCUCAACAAAUAAGAAAAAAAUCUUCAACUGCAACAAUAGUUAAUACUGCUCAUGUUUAA